GAAACGACGAAACACAGGAAAAGAUCGAAGAGUUGGAAUUUUCGUUGAAACACGACGGAGACGGAGUCAGGUUUCUUAAAAGUUGUUAAUUUUUUUGUCGAUCUGGUGGUUUAGGCCUUUAGGGAAGAAGAAGAAGAAGAAGAAGUACGAAGAUUUGAGUUUUGCUCCUUUUGGUUGGUCGACGAUUUCUUGAAACAAAGAUGUUCAAUUUUUGGGGAUCAAAGGAUCAACAACAAGGACAGUCUCGUCCUCCUGAAGCUUCUUCACAGUCGCCAUGGUACUCUCCUUCUUUAGUCAGUUCGCCAAGUUCAUCCCGGCCUCAAACAUCUGGUCAGAUGCCAGCGCAAGUCUCACCGGAUGAAGCAGCUGGCAUUAUCGUCUUCUUGAAAGACAAAAGCGUGGAUGAGCUCAGGAAGCUUCUCAAUGACAAAGAUGCGUAUCAGCAAUUUCUGCUCUCUCUUGAACAGGUCAAAAUCCAGAACAAUAUCAAAGAUGAGCUCCGCAGAGAAACGUUGCAGCUAGCUAGAGAGAACUUGGAGAAAGAGCCACAGAUAAUGGAACUCAGAAACCAAUGCAGAAUUAUUCGUACAACUGAGCUCGCAACUGCGCAAGAAAAGCUCAAUGAGCUUGAGAGGCAAAAAGAAGAGAUCCUCAAAUUCUACUCCCCUGGUUCUCUUCUUCAUAAACUUCAAGAGGCUAUGAAUCAGGUGGAUGAAGAAUCCGAAGCCCUGCAAGAGAAGUUCCUAGAGAAGGAAAUUGAUACGGCAGCAUUUGUGCAGAAAUACAAGAAGCUGCGUACUACGUAUCAUCGACGAGCACUUAUUCAUCUUGCUGCUAAAACUUCAAACAUUUGAAUUUAUAAUAUGCUUUGCACAUUGAACUCAACACAAUUACCGAAGUCUUGGGUUUGUGUCCUCUGACUUUUAUCCGAUGUUGUAAAGAAAAUUAUUCACUGUUCUUAAGUUCAUACUCAAGUGAUUGACAUUGACAACAAAAUUAUGUUUUUUUCCCUUAUGAUAAAUAAGCUACAACAGUCUGAAAAUC